GUUUUUUUUUCAUUAUUUGGAAACAAUCUUUACGCCAUUUUCAAAGGUUUUAGAUGCGAUUUGAAUGCGUUUGUGUGAUUAAUUUUGAGUAAAAACUAAUUAAUGCGGUUGUUCGAUUACGAGUUUUAAGAAAUUGGUUACGUUCUGUCGAUGGUAACCGCAUAUGGACCUAUGUUAUGUACCUCCACCUACCGACUGCAGGCGAUUCUAUACAGAUCAAUUUAACUACCAUUAUAAUUAUUAUUUUAAUUGCAUCAUGGAAUACCAAAGUCGUUUGCGCAGUACCGGUGUAACGGAUGAAGAUGCGAGAAGUGCGAGAUAUGCAAGUCGCCGAGUCCGAGAAGAUCAACCUCUCUACAAACCUCCGCAGGCUCAGGAUUCCGAAGGGUAUAAAUCAGUUCGCGAAAGUCGAGACAGAGUGACUGCCAUUCCCAAGAGUCGAAAACUUCAUUCGAGCAGUAAAAUCAAAUCGUCUUCGCGUGAUUUACGUGAUAGGAUCGGAUCGAAAAGAAGUUGUGAGCCUGAGCCUGACCGUGUGCCAUAUCAACCAGAACGGAUAGUCAUCAAACCGAAAAUAGAAUGCAGCACACCUUUUGAAGAUUAUGACCCCGAACAAAGCGAUUCAAAUGAAAUUGAAACAGAAGAACGCGAUUUCAAUCUCAACAAUCGAAACGCUAAAAAACCUAAUGUCUUUAUCUUGAAGUACUGUUUGGACAAAAGAACUCAACGUAUCAUUGCCCGUUUGCAAAACGAUUUCCGUAUGACGAAUAAGUACGUAACAUUUUCUAUGUACGAGAAACCUAAAAUUCCGGAGCUGAAACCUACUCCAGUAACUACUGCUAGAACAAUGAACGAUCGUUUUAAAUGCUUGUUCACUGACCUUUCGCGUGAAAUGGAUAUAAACGCUCAAAAUGUUGAUCUCACUAUGGAACUCGAACACGGUACUGAAAAAGGAGUAUUGGAGACUUUGACUGCUGAAGUUGAAAAUGAGCUUUGUAACCCUUGAUUCUAAACGUUGUUGUUAUAAGUUGGAACCAUAAAUAGUCAUUAGCUCGUAUGAAGCAUAAGAAGUUACAAUCGUGCUCUAUUCGUAAGAACGUUGUUCGUUAAUAUUGUUCGAAUUGUUCAUUUUGUACUGCUUAUGAAAUACCUAUCGUUUAUUUUCAUUGAAUUUAUACUUUUUUAAAACCUUGUUCGUUUUUCAUUUUUGAAUUAAAAUGGUUCGUUGAUCA